CAGGUGAUCGGCUAGCCGGCAAUACGUCGUCACACGAAUCCACGUACACAUUGCGCUCGCAUACAUCUAGGCGCGUCCCGAGGUCUUAUCGGGUCCGAGAUAUAUCGCGUUAUCUGUGCUCCGAGAUAACGCGCGGCGCGAAGGUGCCGACGAGGCGACGAGCCAUACGCCGAUGGCUUUUUUCACCGGUCGCGUGUGUCCGUACGCGUUGACAUGAGGAGGCUUUUUUCGGUGAAGUUUAACAGUGACGAGUGCGAUUCUGAUUAAUUUUCGUACGUCGAGUGACAUAGAAAGUGAGUUGGAGUGUGAUUUGAUUUGCGUUGAGUUAUACAGUCCAAAACAUGACGCUGGGACCUCAGGAGAUAGUGCGCUCGGAGGUCGAGGGCAGCUUUUCUGGACCGGCGAAUUCCCUGACUCCGGAAUCGAUAGACUGCGGCUGCAGUCGCUAUCAACUGCCGCGAUUGGCGAAGUUCGCGACGCGCCAGAGCUUUCUAGCCCUUCUCUGCUGCAUCGGAGUACUACAGGCCGCCGCACAGGCUUACCUUCACGUCACCAGCUCUACCAUUGCCAGGAGGUUCCAGUUCGAUCCCUACCUCAUGGAAUGGAUUCUGUGUACGUCAGAAAUCGUACUGGUGAUCGUGGCUCUGACCGUCGCUUACUGGGGCGACAGGAUUCACAGAGCAUCUUGGCUGGGUGGUACUACGCUCAUUCAGUGCGCAACUUUUUUGACACUUCUGAUUCCGCAUGGAUCCAAUUGGCUCAAAAUUACGACAUCGACGGAUGAACCGGUGAACGUGACUCACAUGUCUAUUUACGCAGAGGAAAGUCCGGACCUUUGCAUGAGAAUGUCCUCGAGACUAAUCGCACUGGAGGACCCGCCGCAUUAUUCGACUCUCUUUAUUCUGAUCGCCGUGCAGAUCGUUACCGGAAUGGCCAAUGUCGCUUACUACGCUCUCGGUAUAUCCUACCUCGAUGAUAACACCAAGAAAAUACACGUGGCUGUUUACUUUGGCGUCGUACUGGCGACGAAAGUACUGGGCAGUAUUUUGGGAUACAUACUUGGCUGGUCGUUUUUACGAAUAGAUGCUGAAGACUUAAGCUCGAUAAGAUCGUACAGGGAUCAAAUCGGAGCAUGGUGGCUCGGCUGGCCGAUUUUGUCAGUCAUGCUGGCUAUCCCCGCUGGCUUCAUGGCGAUCUUUCCUCGGAAGUUGCCGUCAGAGCUGGUAGAAGAAGCUGCAGCAACGAUCAUCGAUCAAUCCGGUACCUUGAGAGGAUCUCAGAGAAACGCAGUGAAGAAAGUUGGCAGUCCUGACUUCUUUCCAUCGAUAUUGAGACUGCUCACCAAUAAGAUCCUCAUUUGUAAUGUUCUGGCUGCUGCGUUUUUCUUAACUGCUCUGAUAAAUUUUAUGGCGAACGAAAAUAUUUUUCUCGAAUCAAGAUUUUAUGCGCCACGUCCUACAGGAAUGUUGCUAGGCUUCGGAGAUCCUUUACUUUCGCGGACAGUCACCACAAUCAUCAAACCAUUGUUAGCUGGUUUAGUCAUAAUAAUUUCUGGCUUGGUCAUUGCUCGAGCAAAGCCCAACGCAAGAAUGCUCGUUAUCUACAGCCUCAUAACAUUAAUUUCGUCGGCCUUGAUAAUAUUUGGGCUUGCCUUCGAUAACUGCGAUAAACCACCUAUUGUCGGCGCUCACAGAGGAUCGAUCGUACUGAACAGAUUUUGUAACAGAGAAUGUGGAUGUUCUCGAGACGCCGAUUUUCGGCCAGUUUGCGAUAGUAGAGGAACGCUUACGUUCUACAGUCCUUGUCAUGCUGGAUGUACAGCGAUGGAUUAUGAUGGGACAAAUAAAGUCUUUUCGAAUUGCUCUUGCGUCGAAGACGACACAGGACAGGGAAACACCGAAGCUAGAGAAGGCCCAUGUGGCUCUGACAGUUGUCAGGUUGGAUGGCUCAUUUAUGAGAUUUUGACAAUAGUAGUUUACGCUGCAUCAGCUUCCACCAUAGUCGGAGAUUUGUUAAUAAGUUUGAGGAGCGUAAAUGUUCAGGAUAAAGCUCUGACCAUUGGAUACAGUAUGACUCUUUUAGCAUUUUUCACUUAUGCCAUUGGUAAAAUAUCGUACGACGAAUUAGCUAAAUCAACGUGUCAACACUGGGGUUUGGAAGAUCGAAUUUGCCAUUUACAUCAUUCGACAGACUUAGGCAAUUAUUUGUGCUUCUUAACGGCUGGUCUCAUUGUCGUUGCUGCAUUGUUCAAAGUUGGAGUUUGGCUUUUCUGUCAGGAUCUUGAGAUGUACGAUCCGACAGAAUUAGAAGAAUCGCAACCGAGAGAAAUGAAGGACAUGUCCAAAACUCAAGCUGAGCCACUGCUUCAACCGCAAGCCACAUCUGAACAAGAGGAGUCGAACCAAAGAACAGUAGAUACAGUGGACGACGUGGUGGAGCCAGUUGUCGUGAUAGAGAGUAACAAAUUAGGCAAAGAAAAUGGUCCAGUAGCAAACGUCGAUGAAGGUGAACCAUCGAGAUUGAGGUAUGGACCACUUGGACCAGGAAACAGAAGAGUCCUUAAAACCCAGUUUAAUGCUAGUAUACCACAUAUCGAUACGGACGAUGACUUGGAUAGUUCAGAAGGAAGUCAGACCUUGAGAAAAGGUUCAGCCUCCCAAGUUUCGUACAAGCCGUUGGAGCUGGACUCGGAUGUAGAAAGUGAGAUGAGUGGAACUUUACCCAGAUCCAAAAAACUUAUUCCAAACGCGUAUGAUCCAGGUACGCUUCAAGUGGGGAUCAGAGCGCCGUUCAGCAACAAGCCAUUCCCAAACCCUGAAAAUUACGAAGACCCCAGAAAAGUAAGAAGUUCCAGAGACAGCAGUCCGAAUGUUGCCGCGGACGGUUCAUCAAAAACGAACAGCUUCGAAUAUUCCAAAAAACGGAAAGACAGCAAGCCUCUGUCCGCAUCAAGGGGCGACUUCAACGAAGUUGGCAUUCCCGUAGUAGAACCUCUCGAAACUGCUGCCAAAGGCUCCAUGAGUUCUCUACGAUCACCUACAAUAAUGAUGGCCAUAACACAAUUAGACAGAAAUCCAAGCCGGGAGAUACUCGAACAGACCCGUUUCACCUAUGCACCCUCGAGGAAACACAACACCGAAGAGAUGGAAGAGAAUCGCAAGUUUCGUUUAGAGAAACUGAUGCAACCGAUGAAUUACCUAGAACCUACUGCCAGACCACCGUCUCGAGAUCAAGCCUCCUCGGGCUUCGGAAGUCUUCAAGACAUGCGCGAAAGAGCGAGACUUCCUAGCGAGAUUUCGGAUUCGAGAGAUAGUUUAAGUUCGAAAUCUUCGACCUCAGGACCGCCGAAGAAAGGAGGUCCCCUCUGUACAGAUUUGUAAGGGAAAUUUUCGUAAGGAUUUCAUUGCGAGUAUUAAAGACAAUUUUUACUUUUAUACGAAACGUAUACUGACCAGUAACGAUCAUUGAUUCAACAUUCAUGUGUACGCGAUAAUGUACUUAUUCUAUCAGUGUUUUGCAUUUUUCUCAAUAACUGUAUCGUUGGCAUAAUUAAUUCUGGAUACGUGUAUUCGAAUUAUGAAAUGUUAUUUCCAUUUUAUUCAACUACAAUGCUUCGGAUGUCAAUAAUUCAUAAACGCGCAUAAUUUAAAUGUAAUAUUUUUUUAUAUUUAUAUUUUAUUUGAAUAAAUCUUCAUUAAUCAACAA